UAAUGCAGAAGAGUUUCAUGAGCAACCCCCGGUGCCCGUCUCCUCUCUCUCCCACCGCGUUGGUUCAGUAUCAGUUUGAAGAAAUUCGGAUCUUUUCCCGUUUCACUUUUUAAAUGGUUGUAUUUUAAACAAAAGCCUGCUCGGAGUCUGAGGUUCCAUUAUGAGGUGUGCGACUGAAGUAAAUCUGUGGACACAGUCGGCUUGCGGUGAAGUGCCGGUCUUUUCCCUUAGUUUGCUGUUGGAAUGCACAGGUGUGGUCUAGGAUAGACAGAGGUAAUCAAGUACACGACUGCCCAUGGCCUCUGAAAAUUCUGGUGGUGUACAGUAUGCGCUCACUGCCCUGGGGGUUGGAAUGCUUGCACUUGGAAUCCUGAUGAUGGUCUGGAGUAUUGUGCCAGGGUUUGGUAAGGAACAAGAAGCUCAAGGUGGGAACAAUAGCUCGUCAAAUGCUGAACAGUCCAAGCACAAAGUGUCCCAGGUGUCCUACAUAUUGUGCGCUGGUGGGGUGUUCCUGCUCUUGGUCUCGAUCUGUCUGAGUGUUCGGGAGAAGAAGAGGAGGAGAUCACAGGAGGAAGUGACGAACGUGCAGUCGGAGUCGUCCAUAUUACCAGAACGAGCGGCAGAUAACAACAACAGAUUGGCUGUGCCCAGCUACGAUGAGGUGAUGCAAAGAGAUGGCGUCCUCCCACCAGAAGUCCCUGAAGCCAACCUAGGAGAGCAGAAUAUGGUCUCGCUUCCUUCCUACGAGUCACUUGUUGAGGUUGGCCUGCCAUCGUCUUCGAAUCAGGACUCGAACCCGGAAGGCAGUGUGGAGCCAUCAAGGGAUGAGAGGUCCACAUCUCACUUGGGGCACAGGUUCAGCUCAAAAAAGAUCCGUCGGAUCCUUUCAGACAAAUCCCACCUCAAGAGGUUUAGACUCAACCUGAGCAAUACGAACAAUCCAACGGUUAACCUGGAGCCUCUGACCCCACCCCCACAGUACGAGGAAGGAAUGGAGAAAAGUUUUGAGAGUGCAAAGCCAUCUUGAUCUGGCGCACAAUGUUAAGCCUGUUGAUGGAAUAACUAAAUAUCACAACAUCUCCUGAGAACCUGGUGGAUCCUGUCUGUCUGCAUGUUUUACAAAUGUAAUGCAUGGGUGUCCUAGUUUGUAGAUUCCUUGAUGCUUACCGUCUCUCCAAGUUAAUCUGCACAUUUAUUUUUUACAUGUGAUUUGUACAUUCAGCUGAGAACUAAGUAUCAAGAAUUAAUGAAAGAGCUGGAUGACUUGGUCUACACCUUCAUCCCUAGAUUGCCAUUCCUCUUCUCUGCUGUUUGCACCUUUAUGACAUCCUUUAUAUGGAAGCAUGUUAUUGACGGGUGAUGCAGCAGAGAUCUGCGUCCUGUCUAGUAGAUGUUAGUUUGUCUCUAGUAGCAGAUGUUGUCUUGUGGAUUUGUUCCCAGUCCUUACAGUAAAUUAGAUUGCAACAAUGGACCCUUGGCUGAGGUCAUUGGAGCCUCCAGAAGAUCAACUCUUGUGCAAAGGGUUUUGUUGGGGAUAGGAUUGAUCUGUGGGCCACCCCAAACUCUCAUUACUCUUCUUGCUGUUCAUCUUUUAGAAGUUUGCCUCUUAAUGUAUCAAUCUGAAAUCCUGUGAGGAAGGGAACAACUAUUUAAAGAAAAAUCUAAUCCUUUUGUGAAUAGCUUCGUUUCUUUAUAUAAUGAGUUUGGUUCGACAUAGGUUGAAAAGAUAAUUUCUAUAUUAAAUAAGUUUCAGAAUAGAAGUAGAAGUCCUACAAAUGAUUAACAAAGUCCUAAACAAUGCCAGCAAUGAUCUCUCCCCUAAGCCUCGAUUUUAAUGGAAAAUUCCAGGCGUGGAAUUUCAUAAGGAACUUAUUCCUCUUCUCGAGAAGCUUUGAUGUGAUGCUUUUGUGGUUUGGGCACCAAGAGAACACCAAUUGGUCUUGCUUACCAAUCAGUGCUUCAGGAUUCUGACAGCCAAAUACCAGAGAAGUGAGUGUUGUGAUCCCAUGGCCUGCUGGAAUAUUACACAACAGUAUCACAGUUGUUAGGUGUUUUAAAAAUAUUGAUCACUAAUUCUGACUUAAAAACGCUGAGCUCUGUCAUCUUCAGAGAAAACUGGACACAAAUUCACAUGGAACGAGACUAAAAAAAAAAUGACUCCUUUUUUUGAGCGUUGUCUGCCCCAAGGGUUGGUGGGAGCAUUGCUUUAGAAACAACACUUCACAAACAAAGCCCAAAGCAUUGUCUGUAACCAUGUUCACAAUGCAACAAGCUGGUUACUAACAUGUCGGGGGGUGGGGGGGAAAUAUGAUUCCCUAUGAGAGCAUCAACACCUCUCUUGCACAAAGUCAUGCUUUCAGUAUUGUGUAAUGAAAGCUCAUUAAAAUUGGCAAAGGGUCUAUGGGAUAAUUAACAUUCAGUAUUGGUAGCCAAUGACAAAAGCAGGUUGAUCGUCUGUUGUGCACCUCUUCCUGUUUUCUCCAGUAUUGCGGAUAGAAAAUAGCAAUUGGUUGAAUAUUAAAAUAUGGCUAUGAUGCCUGAUGGUUUCAUGGAAAUUAAAAUCUUUUGAUUAUGUUCAUUGUAAGUAGGAACAGUGUAUCUUGUCUAUGCUGCUUGUUCUCACAGGAAUCCUAAGCUUCUUCAAUAUAACAACUGGGAAAUAGUGCCCAACAUUGAACAUUGGGGGAGCUAUAAUAGGGAUAGGAGUUGGCAUUGUUGGACAACAGGUUUUAGCCUUCUCACAAGUUUGACAUUGUGAAUGGACCCUGACUUCUGAUUUCUGAUAUCCUAAACUUGAAAGGAACACUUCUUCCUAGGAAUAUCAAUGCUUGUCCCUGAUGGGGAAAGGCAGCAGGGAAUUUUUAUUUCACUGUCCUUUAUCUAAUUCUCUUUCUACUCUCCCAGUCUGAAGGGGGAUACGUAUGAUUGAAGUGACUACAUUGCCAUUUUAGAAUGACCCAUCUUCUCUUUGUAUUCAUUUCCAAAGCACCCAACCACAAUCACCUCAUUACAGAAAAUAAUCUCCCACCCACUAGCAGCUCAAAUUACAUAUAAUUGUUUAACUUGGAGCUUCCAACUAGUUUAGCAUUAAUAUUGAUGCACUUUAAGAAAAACUCACCUAUAAUAUUUCACUGUUUGUCGUAGUUGCCCUCUCAUGUUUCUUUGUUACGCUCCUGAAAGUAGUUCCCACCAAACAAGCUUGCAGGGCCAGAAUUGUGAACUGUAUGUUUUGUUUUAAAUAUUCAUUCACAAAAGUUCCAUGUACCACAAAUGCAUUUUACUCGUCUUCCCUGUGGCAAUGACCUAGAUUUCCUAUUCACCAUGUGCUAAUUAAGGUUCACUGAUCCAAGUUUCUGGUCCUUGAUAUUUGAUAUUCUUUGACUAGCAACUGCUGGUAAUUUUCUAUAAUUGAUACGUUUAAUUCAAUACUUAGUCCUGGUUACAUCUAUAGUUCUGUAAAUAAUACAAAGAUUUCAAAGUUAGUUCGAGGUUUUUCUUGUUUUUAAAUAGUCUAAUGCCUUCUGGAAAAUUGGGGUCUUAUUUUGAGAGGAAGUUGAGUUCAUGGAAGGGAUUUGGGAGCACUGGGCAGCAAGCUUUGGCUGUUAUUUGAACAGGAGAUGGUGGCAGACAACGUUGACCACUUGGGUCCUGGGCUAUAUGCUCCAGAGGCAAUCAGCUGGUGAGUAUCACUAGUGCACCCUCUGGGGAAAACGGGAUUAUUGUCUUAGAAGGAAGAUCUGCUGCAACUGGGAACAAGGGCGAGAGACAAUGUUUUAGCUUAGGACGUAGAAGGAAAGUUAUAAACUGAACAACUGACAAAGGUUUCCAGAAGUCAUUCUUCUUGAAGUAUUCUCCAAAUAUACAAACCAUUCCCGUUUAAAGUUCACAUACUAUACAGCCGAGAAAAGUUUCAUCAUAUUUACCUCGGUGGUUGCAGUAUGUUUCCUAUAGCCUGAUGUUCCAAAGUAACAAGUUGUAUGUGUAUUCUACAAGCUAAAUCUUCCUUAAAUGUUUUCUGAAAUAGCCUAUCUUGUGCUGGUAUGGCAUUAUUCUACUUAAUUACAACUAUUUUAUUUCUUACUAAUAUUCCUGGUGAAGUGUCACAUAUGGUUAGUGUUCAAUUCAAUCCAAUUGUUUGUCGGCAGUAUCCAUUGGACUGUAGAGUCAGCCUUGAAGGUUUAUUGAUGGUUUAAUUUGGAGUGCUGUUUUGUGCAAAACUCUCAACUGAGCACUGGUGAAUUGAAUUAUUGUUUUAAAAUGAUUGCAGAUGGGAAAAGUCAGUUUUGUUUUAGUUUAUUUAUUCAGAAAUAAAAAAAAAUACUUUGAAAAUACUGGCGUGUGUUAAAAUUCUGAGAUUCUGAACUUUGGUGUGAACUUGGUCAAUGUUGGUG